AUGCUGAGCGGCACCUCGGUCGUCUACGAGCGAAAGGUCGUGGCGACGCACAUCCGCACCUACAACUGGCCGCCUCUGCAGCUCAACUUCUGGAUCUUUGUCAUGCUGCUGUGCGCCUGCACCAUCAUUGGUGUUUUUGGAAGCUUUAUCCAGAUCCAGAACCAGCUCGAGCUGCCCAUUCCCUGGUAUUUCCCAUACUACAUCACCGUCGGCGCCAUCGCGAUCCUCUUCAUAUUCGGCAUCUUCUGGCUCAUCGCCCGCCGCCGCCUGCUGCCGGCCAUUGUCAUGAUCGGUGCCUUCAUGCUCUUCGUCAUGUGGCUCGUGGGCCUCGUCGUCGUCUCGCUCGAGCUCUGGGGGCCCAACGGCUCGAUCCAGGACACCUGCGACCGCAACAUCUUCAACCAGAACCCCAGGGGCCGCAACCAGGAGACGCUGGCGUGGCUGCAGCAGAAGAUGAUCUGCCAGUGCUGGGACCUGGUCUUUGCCAUGGCCCUGACGGGCGCCAUCUUUUUGUUCUGGGUCAUGAUUAUGGCGUACCAGGUUUUUGCCAGGUCAUGA